CCUCCCGCCCCUCCGGAAGGCGCGGGAGAGCCUCCCCAAGGAAGCCGCAAGGGACCAGCCCCCUCCUCCUCCUCCGCCGCCCGCUCCGGCUUCCUUGGCUGGGCUGAAGAGGCAGGGCGGGCAGGCGGGGCGGCGGCGAGGCGGGCCGGGCAGUGGGCAGCGCCGCCCCUUUGGAGACCGGCGAGAGAGUGUCCCCAGGCUGCGCGGAGCCUUGCCUUGCCUUGCCUUGCCUUGCCCAGCCAUGGCUUGGUCUCCCGCCGGCGGCGCCUUGCUGAAGAGAGUGGCCAAGCAGGUCUGGGCGGCGCUGGGCUCCCGGCCCGACCCCCGCGGCAUCCACUGCCUCAGUGCUCUCCAAGCUGGUGUGCCUUCUGCUCCUCCUGCCAUAAACCAAAGCUAUGUCUCUGGUUCAUCGGACAUUCCGCUUCUCUCUAAAACUCUGGACCAGUGCCUUGAAGAUACAACCAACCGGUACCCUGAACGAGAAGCCCUGAUAUUCUCCACAGGAGGAACUCGAAAGACAUUUGCUCAAUUUCAACAAGAUGUAGAAAUGUUCCACCUGAGGGAGAACCACCCCUUCUUGGCAAAUGUGAAGCAGGCAGCAGCUGGGCUUCUGGCAUUUGGUCUGAAAAAGGGAGAUCGACUAGGAAUGUGGGGUCCCAACAUGUAUGAAUGGGUCCUGAUGCAAUUUGCCACAGCCCAGGCGGGAAUCAUCCUGGUAUCUGUGAACCCAGCAUAUCAGUCCCAGGAGCUGGAGUUUGCAGUGAAGAAGGUUGGCUGCAAAGCACUGGUGUUUCCUAAACAAUUUAAAACGCAAAACUACUAUGAGAUUUUGAAGAGUGUUUGUCCUGAGUUGGAAAAAUCAAGUCCUGGAGCACUCAAAAGCAAGACACUUCCAGAACUUUCUGUUGUAGUUAGUGUGGAUGCCAAGCUGCCUGGCACAUUCUCCAUAGAUGAUCUGAUGCAGGCUGGAGAUAGCAGCCAUAAGAAGCAGUUGCAGGACAUCCGGAAGACACUGGACUGCAAAGAGCCCAUUAAUAUCCAGUUCACUUCAGGAACAACAGGAAGCCCCAAAGGGGCCACACUUUCACACCACAAUAUUGUGAACAAUGCAAACCUGAUUGCUAUAAGAAUGCGAAUCGGUGAAGGGGAGUCUCGUUGUUGUCUCCCUGUUCCUCUCUACCACUGUCUGGGUUCUGUAGGAGGCUGCAUGGUGAUGGCUAUUCAUGGUGUCUCUCUUGUCUUCCCAAGUUUAAGCUUCAAUGCAAAAGCCACACUGAAGGCUCUGGACCAAGAAAAAUGCACACACAUUCACGGGACUCCAACCAUGUUCAUAGACAUACUUGGACAGCCUGACUUUGCCAGCUACAACCUCUCGCGUCUCCGGGGAGGAAUCAUUGCAGGCUCACCAGUGCCUCCUGAAGUCAUGAAAAAAUUGAUCAAGAAAAUGAAUAUGCACGAGCUAGUGGUUGCUUAUGGAACGACAGAGAAUAGUCCUGUUACCUUUAUGGGGUUUCCUCAAGACGACAUUAUCAAAAAAACAGAGACUGUUGGAUGUGCUAUUCCUCACACAGAGGCAAAAAUUGAGGAUCCAGAAACUGAGGAAAUCAUCCCAAUCAACAAACCAGGAGAACUUCAGAUUCGGGGCUACUGUGUUAUGCUGGGAUACUGGGGAGACCCUGAAAGAACCAAUGAAGUGUUGGAUGAUGAGAAAUGGUACAAGACUGGGGACAUUGCUGUUCUUGAUGACCACGGCUACUGCAAGAUUGUAGGUCGCUGCAAGGACAUGAUUAUCCGAGGAGGCGAGAACAUAUACCCUGUAGAGCUUGAAAAGUUUCUGCAUACCCACCCUAAGAUUCAGGAGGUACAGGUAGUUGGUGUGAAAGAUGAGCGAAUGGGAGAGGAAAUUUGUGCUUCCAUUCGAGUGAAAGCUGGAGAGGAGUGCACGGCCGAAGAAGUCAAGGCAUUUUGCAAAGGGAAGAUUGCACAUUUCAAGAUCCCUAAGUACAUUGUGUUUGUGAAGGCUUUCCCACUCACUGUCUCGGGCAAGAUUCAGAAAUACAAACUGAGAGAACAAAUGGAGGUACACCUUAAACUUUGAACUGAACAGGAGGGCAGCACAAGAGGAUGUGGAAUGAAUGUUUUCUUCUUUUAUACUUGAACUGUAAGCUGUCAGGAAGCUGCUGCUACCACCAGCCUGCCUUAAGAUGUAUCCAUCAAAUCAAGUGCACUUCAUAUAAUAUCUGUUGGUUUGGAGGGGAGAUCGGUUCAAAUAAACUAGUGACAAGCUCUG